AUGGACGGACAGCGACCAGCUUCACAGAAGCUUCCUGCGGGAUUAGCAGGGGUACUGAACCCAGACGAAAACCGCGACUCGGCUUAUUAUUCGAGUACAGAUGCCUCAAGCAAGCAUAACUCUGCGGCAUCAGGCGUUGUGCACCAUGCCCUCAGCCCCACGGGGUCGGGCUACCAAUCUUCGCUGGCAGACAAGACACCUUCGCCUGUCACGGCUAACAUGAUCCCUCAGCUGGUGUCGCCUGGGCAGAGCAACAUGAGCGUCGCCGCCAUGGUAUCGCCAACAACCCCCGGCAGUGCUGACCCGCGUCGAUUCGAGCGCCCGACAUCCCUGGAUUCUGGAGUGGUUCACGACAUCAUGGGGCCUGGUUCUCGAAGAGAGAGUGUGGACAGCCGGAUAAAUCAGGGUUUUCACGACAUGAGAUUGGGCGGGAACUCGCCCUACGCUAGUCACAACCAGUCGACUACUUCAAUUCAGAAUACUCUCAACCAGCAGCGCAACCCUCGCCCCGGUUUGGACAAUCUUUCCGUACACCGUAUCUCCAAUGGAUACCAGCCCAGCAGCGACAGGAACCCCGAGCACCCAAAGAUCAUCCGGACCGCACCGGCCAUCACAGGCCCCGCGACGAGCAACAUCGCCCGAGCUGCGGAGCCCACCAAGGGUCAGGCGUGGGCUUUCCCAGAGGAAGAGAUACAACGAAUCAGCCACCACGAGCAAUACUUGGACUCUAGACGUAGCAGUAUCGCCGAGUCCAUAGCUAGUAGCCAGUUCACCACGGAAUCGAGACUACCGCCUGGCCAAAGACGUUUGGACGAGCCUGCCGACUUCAACAACCGUCUAUCAAGCACCUCUUCCGACUUCCCUCCGGUUCAUCACCACUCGUUGCAGCACAAGCAAAUUGGGGAUUUGCGCGACGACGACGCAGCCUCGCGGACGGGCUCACAACCCUACAGCCGCACGCCCGAGCUGCGUAAGAGUCACAAGUUGGCGGAACGCAAGAGAAGGACUGAGAUGAAGGAAUUGUUCGAUCAACUGCGUGACUUGAUGCCACAGGAACGAGGUUCAAAAGCCUCCAAGUGGGAAAUUCUUACCAAAGCCAUUUCCGAGCAUCAACGAAUGGCAGACGUCAUGCGCAUGGUGCAGUCGCAAAACACAACGUUGGCUCAGGAAAACGACGGUCUCCGACAAGACAACCACAACUUGCGUGUAGACAUUCAGCGUCUCCAGAAUGAGUUGCACAACACGAGGCUACAGCAAUCCCCCACAGGCCAGGCGCCGCCUCAAUCUCAAGUCCCUCCCCCCCAAGCGGUAGGGUAUCAGGCGGAUCCUUACGCGGCUCGCCGUGAGUUGCCGCCAAUCCGAGGGCUAAACGGCAACAUGCCCAACCCCGACUCCAUGACGGGCGUCCAGUAUGAGGCUCCCAGAGUUAACGGCUAUCGUCCCGAGAGGUACUGA